AUGCUUACCGUGAUGCAGCUAAAGGAAAAGAUUGCCCACUACAAGCCACUGCGAGCACUCCAGCCUCUUAAAAAAUACGGCAAGAAGAGCUACGACCUUCGUAAUCUGCUUAUCCUCACAAACUGCGUCCACGACAAACUUGCCGCUCUGGUCGACACAGGCAUCGUGCAGACCAUUGCGGAAACGGUGUUGGGUCCACACUCUGUGGAGGAGUCUCCUCUUGAGCGGGUAUGCUUUUGUGAUUUGCAGCGGGCACUGCCACCGCCACCGCAGGGUGCGGAUAGCUUCGAGAGCGAUUUUUUGGGACUCGUAGAUGUCGCGGAGCAUGCGGGCGUGUCUGCGCGAGGAAACUGGGAGGCCCUCACACGGGAGUUUGUCUCCGUGGGUGGAUUUGAGGGUGCACUCAAGGCACUGGUGUCCCAGUGUGCGGCGCUGGUCGGCACCACACGGGACCCGUUCCGCACCUCGUACCCGCUUCCCUUGGCACUGGCAGCCGAAUUUCAUGGAUUGCACGGCCAAGAGCGGGCCUCAACACGUGGGCUGUUGUGGAUUGUGACCCCAGAAAAACUUCACCCGCUGCUGCAUCGCUCCCUGCGCGGCCGCAACGCGUCCUCGGGGGCUGACGCCAUUGAACGCAUAACGGUCCUUUUAUCCUCUGACAAGCAGAUUGACCUCUCCUUCUUCAAGGCCCUGCAGCAGCUGCGUUUUACAGAGAAGAAGAUGCAGCUCUUUGAGGAGGGGGCCCUGUUCCGCGCGGUGCUUCCAGAGUGUAAGGAUCGCGUACAUGGUGAGUUGUGUCACACCGUCACAGCCACCGGCAGGCUGUCGUCACAGUCGCCAAACCUGCAAAACAUUCCGAAGGAAGAGGACCUGCGACGCCUCAUCGUUUCCCGCUUCGGUAGACGUGAUGGACGCAUGAUUGAGGCGGAUUACAGCCAGCUGGAGGUGGUUGUGCUGGCGGUGCUUAGCCGUGACGCCCGCAUGCUGCAGGAACUGCAGGAUAAUGUGGACUUUCAUUGCCUCCGUGUUUCGCUUAUGACCAAGGAGCCGUAUGAGGAUGUGGUGCGAAAAACAAAGCGGGAGAAGGAUCCACAUUACAUUCAGCUGCGGCAGCAGGCAAAAACAUUCUCAUUCCAACGACAGUACGGUGCGGGUAUCGCCACCAUUGCCACCACUACAGGGUUGACAGAGCAUGAGGUGGAGCGGCUCAUAUCGGCAGAGGAGCAACACUACAAGGAUUUGGGUCGCUACUACCGUCUGGUGAUGGACUCUGUGGAGGCAGGAGCGGAUCGACUGCUUCGCCUGCGUACAUUGGAUGCGGCCACGUGGUCUCCUGCCAUGCGGCGCAUGAUUAUGCUAACAGAGCCCUUGCAUUACUUUGUGGUGCCCACAGGCAGUAAGUUUGACUUUGCAAAGGACAAGAAGAGUAUUCCACGACUGAAGAAUUACCCCGUACAGGGACUGGCAGGAGAGAUUGUGCAAAUUAUGUGUGGUAGGAUUGUGCGUCGUUUCUACGAGAGGGGCAACUAUGGCGGAAAGGCAUUUUUGGUGAACACCGUCCAUGACUGUGUGUGGAUUGACGCCCACUCCUCCGUCGCAACGGAGGUAAUGCACGAUGUCUCGGACAUUAUGUCGUCCACCUCAAAGGUGAUGAGCAGCCUGUGGCCUGAUAUGAAGCUGGAAGUUCCAUUUAACGCGGAGGUUCAUAUUGGCCCCUCACUAGGGGAGUUCUCAAGGUAA